AUCAUGGCCGCGGCCGUUCGAGAGUCACGUGUGAGUGUGGGGAAAAAGCUGAAAAAUUCACUAAAGAAGAAGGGGAAGAUGAAAAUGGUAUCCCCGGCUGCAGCAUCGGAGCUGGAAGAUAAGGACAAAGGUGCUGCCGAUAGUGAAGGUUCUGUAGGAAGCUGUGGAUCGGAAAAGGAUCACUUUUCCUCUGGUGAAGAAGCAAUAGAAGCUGACAAUGAGGAUGAAGCUGAGCCCUGUGGCGAUGGCAGUGAAGAUGCCGUAGAAGCUAAUGUUGGAACUAACGUGGGCUGGGCAGAUGCCAUGGCUAAAAUCCUUAGCAAGAAGACUCCUAAAAGUAAACCCACCAUUCUGGUCAAAAACAAAGAGCUGGAAAAGGAAAAAGAGAAGUUGAAGCAAGAGAGACUAGAGAAAAGAAAACAGCUUGAUAAGAAGCGGGAAUGGGAAAUGAUGUGCAGAGUAAAGCCAGAUGUUGUCAAAGACAAAGAAACAGAGAGAAAUCUUCAGAGAAUCGCAACGAGGGGUGUGGUGCAAUUAUUUAAUGCUGUUCAAAAGCAUCAAAAGAACGUUGAUGAAAAGGUUAAAGAAGCUGGAGGAUCUAUUAGAAAGCGUGCUAAGCUGAUAUCAACUGUUUCCAAGAAAGAUUUCAUCAGUGUUCUCAGAGGGAUGGAUGGAAGCUCAAAUGAGAAAAGUUUGACUGGGAAGAACUCGAAAGCCAAACAGACUGAAGCAAAAUCAGAAGAGGGCCCAGGAUGGACUAUCCUACGUGAUAAUUUCAUGAUGGGAGCAUCCAUGAAAGACUGGGACAAAGAAAGUGAUGGACCAGAUGACAACAGGCCGGGGUCUGGAAGUGACUCUGACACAUAAAGCUAUAUAAGAAACACAGUUUCCAUUUUAUUUUUCCUAGAAGAAUACUCAUGCUCUGAAAGUUGGGGAAUUAUAAAGAUACCAUUUGUAAG